AUGGAAAAUAGUCCCGACCGAUGGAAAACAUUUGGAAAAAUAUUUGGUUUGGCUGGUAUUUUUGGAGCUAUAUUAUUGGAGUCAUUUAUGUCCAUGAAUGACUUGAUUACCAGUCAAACUGAAGGUUACGAUCAAGAUCUUGUUUGUUUAGUUCGUAACGGUAUGUCAUUUAUAACGGUAAUGCAUGUAGCCGCAAGCGCUUCGUUGCUAUAUGGCAUCAUCAAAAAAAACAUCACAUAUAUCAAUGCAUCGUUGAUUACUUUUACCGUAUCAUCGGUUUAUUUGUUUUCAACGUUUCUUGCCUAUUGGCUCAACAGAGAAGACGGCUCACUUAAUAAUUUCGAUGUUUUCUUUAUUGUUACAUCGGUGGGUGAAAUAAUUUUCAAUUCUCUAGCUCGGAUGAUCGCCGUUAAAAAGAGUAACGGACUUGCAACAAUUCGAUCAAAUUGA